UCCCUCCAACCAAGCAGCCAAGAACUCCUCCGUAUUGAGGCUGCCUGCAGAGCAGACCAACCGGAGAAAUCCUUCCCACUCUCGCCAGUCUUUCUUGCUCCUUAAACGUGAAGAGAAUUGUCUCCGGUGAUCAGGCGGUGACCACAGAGGAAAUCAAAUAUUGGCUUCCCAAUAUCUGAGUUCAAAGCUCAGGUCACCUACUAUCAUCUGUGAAGUACUUUUGUGUGGCUUCAGUGAGUAACACAGGAUAUCACCCUAUCAACCAUGGCAGUGAGCGCUUCCACGGGUGUGAUGAACUCGCUCCUUGGGAAGCUCACUACCCUGAUGGGGGAUGAGUAUCGGAAGCUCAAAGGUGUGCGCAAUAAGGUUGUGUCCCUUCAUGAAGAGUUCAGUAGCAUGAAUGCUCUUCUUGUAAAGCUGGCAGGAAUGGACGAGCUUGAUGUUCAGGCUAAGGUGUGGAGAGACCAAGUGAGGGAGAUGUCCUAUGAUAUUGAAGACUGCAUCGAUGACUUCAUGCAUGACCUUGAAGUAAAAGGUGCAACCACUGGGUUUCUCAAGAAGACAGCUGAGCGCUUUAAGAAGCUCAAGGUGCGUCAUCAAAUUGCCAACAAGAUCAACGGGAUUGAGGCUCGUGUACUUCAAUUGCAUGAGCGGCGCAUAAGGUACAAGCUUGAUGAGUACAACCCUACGACCAGUAUUGUCCAUAUUGAUCCACGAGCACUCGCUAUUUUUGCGGAUGCGGCUGGUCUCGUGGGUAUUAAUACCCCCAGAGAUGAGCUUAUUGAGUUGUUGAUGGAUCAAGGUCAAGAGCUGAAGGUGGCUUCUAUUGUGGGAUUUGGAGGUCUCGGAAAAACCACCCUUGCAAAUGAAGUGUGCCGUGAGAUCAAAGGGAAGUUUACCUGUCAUGCAUUUGUAUCAGUAUCUCUAAAGCCUGAUAUACCGAGGCUUCUCCGGAAUUUAUUAUUGAAGCUUACGAGGGAACAGUUGUCUCCAAGUAGCAGCUUGGAUGAUGUGAUUACAAAUAUCAGAGAGUAUUUAUUGAAUGAGAGGUACUUUAUCAUAAUUGAUGAUUUAUGGGAUACGUUAGCAUGGGAUAUUAUUAAAUGUGCUUUCCCAGAAAAUAAUCAUGGCAGUAGAGUGCUAACAACUACCAGGAUUUAUUCGGUUGCUGCUGCUUGUUGCUCUAAAAGCAGAGGAUGUGUUUUUAAGAUGAAAUAUCUUAAUGAGCAUGAUUCAAGAAGAAUGUUUUUUAGCAGAAUAUUUGGUUCAGAAAAUUCCUGCCCUACUGAAUUAGUAGACGUUUCAAUGGAUAUUCUGAAAAAAUGUGGUGGUCUGCCACUUGCUAUCAUCAGUAUAUCAAGCCUUCUAGCUGAUCAACCAAAGACAACAUUUGAGUAUGUAAGGAAGUCUCUCGGAUGCAUGUUUGACGGAAAUCCUACUCUUGAUCAGAUGAGGCAAAUUUUGGAGCUCAGCUUCAGAAACCUUCCUAACCAUCUUAAGACAUGUUUGCUCUAUCUUGGUAUGUAUCCAGAGGAUCAUGUGAUAUGGACGUUUUAUUUGUUGAGGCAAUGGAUCGCAGAAGUUUUCGUGCGUCCAACCCCUGGGCUCGAUGCAGAGGAUGUUGCAAUAAGCUAUUUCAAUGAGCUUAUUAAUAGGAGCAUGAUCCAGCCUGUGGAUACCGACGAUGGUGGAGAGGUGUUGAGCUGCAGAGUACAUGAUAUAAUGCUAGAUGUCAUCAGAUCCAAGAUUGAAGAAGAAAAUUUUAUUUCUGUGCUAAGUGACCCGGACGCUGUGUUAGGGAUGCACAGAAAUAUCCGGAGAGCUUCAUUCCAAUGCUCUGGUGAAGAGUGCAGACUGACAUCAGCAAUGGUCAACGGGUCAUUAUCAAAAGUUCGAUCAGUCUAUGCUUUUGGAGGGUUUUCUUGCCAAUCUGUGAUGCUACUGAAAUAUAUCCGAGUUCUACAUCUAGAUAUGGGCUUUGCCAGAAAUAAUGUGCUAGAUCUCACUGGUAUAUCUAAGUUGUUUCUAUUGAGAUGCUUAAAUGUGGUUGGCGAUACGAGGAUUGAGCUACCUAGCCAAAUUGGUGAGCUACAGCAAUUGGAGACACUUGAUUUAGCAGUACCCGUAUCCGUCUCCAAUCUUCCAUCUGAUAUUGUUAGUUUGCCUCUGCUGUUGCAUCUCAGUGUUUACGGACAUAGAGGUUUUCCCGACGGAAUUGGCAGAUUGAGACUUCUGCGAACUCUACGGAUGUUUGGUUUAGAGAGGAACUCCGUGGAGAAUAUCAAGGGCCUAGGCGAGAUGACCAGCCUAAGAUAUUUUACUUUUCAAUGGUCGGGAAAUGACUUGGUGGAAGGGGCAAGACGUAUGGAUGUCUUGCGUUCUUCUCUACAAAGGAUCAGCGGCAGCCUCAGGAUCCUUCAAUUUCAUCCUGGUAAUUUGGAUUCUGAGGGAUUAGAUGGCUGGACCACAUUUUCCCCUCCACCUAUCCAUCUUCGAGAUAUGAUGAUGUCGGGCUGCGUGUUUUCGAUGAUCCCCAAGUGGUUUGGUCAUCUUCGGGACCUCCAAAGCUUGCGUUUCACGGUCAGGGCUGCAGGUUUGAAGGAUGAUGGCGUUGCUAUUCUUGCAGGGUUGCCAUCACUUGUCUUUCUCCAGUUGGGCUCAGAAAAACCUCUCGAAGAAAGGGUGCGCAUCCCUGGCAGCGGCAUUGCAUUCCGAGCUCUCAAAGAGUUCUUUCUCUGUUGUUGGGCUCCGUUGUUGACUUUUGAAGCGGGUGCUAUGCCUGUGCUCAAGAAGCUUUUUCUACUGUUAAUACCGAGUCGUUGCGAGAGUGGUGGGUCUGUGGAGGGUCCACUAGAUGGCAUUGAGCACUUGCCAGCUGGCCUCAGAGAAAUCGAUAUAAGGAUCAAGGGCGAAAGAGAUGAGGAUGGAGAGGCUCUGAAGUCUUCUUUGAAGAUUGCAUUUGAGGAGCAUCAUCCAGGCGCUGCCUUGGACAUCCGGUGUCGGUGA